UCACACUUUACCAUUGCUGAUGCAGGCGAAAGUGGAGCAGAAAAUGUGGAUUACGCACGUCUGAAAGUGCUGGAGAUUUUCAUCAACGAGUCGUUGAGGUACCAUCCGGUGGUUGACUUCACCAUGCGCAAAGCUCUGGAAGAUGACGACAUUGAAGGCAUCAGCGUUAAAAAAGGAACAAACAUCAUUCUCAACAUCGGUCUCAUGCACAAGACGGAAUUUUUUCCCAAACCCAAAGAAUUCAACCUGCACAAUUUUGACAAAACGGUUCCCAAACGUUUCUUCCAGCCGUUCGGAUGCGGGCCUCGCUCCUGCGUGGGCAAGAACAUCGCCAUGGUGAUGAUGAAGGCCAUCCUGGUUACACUCCUGUCUCGUUUCAGCGUGUGUCCGCGCCAAGGUUGCACCGUCAACAGCAUCAAGCAGACCAACGACCUGUCCCAGCAGCCAGUGGAAGACGAGCACAGCCUGGCUAUGCGCUUCUCCCCGCGAACAACGCAACAUGGAUACGCUCUUGACACUGACAAUGUCGGCUCAGACUACUUGCUUUCAGCGUCUGUAAAAAGGUGCUAAAUUUGUACCUUCUAAUGGCUUGUCACUGAGGCAUUUUAGGACACUUACAAUUUGUAAUCGUACACUUUUAGCAACAACGCGUACUAUCUAGAUCAGGGAUUAAAACAGU